AAUAUAUCCGUGAUUUAACCAGGUAGAUAUCACUUUAUAUAUCUUCAGUCCAACGUAGCUUUGCAGAAUAUUUACAUAUACAUAGUAGGAUGGCAUCUGAGGUGUUGAUAUGUGACCCAUGUUCUAGACUGAAUAAAUCCACGGACGCCUCAAAUUUUUGCACAGAUUGUGACGAUGCACUUUGUUUAGAUUGCUCUACUGCUCAUAGUGCUCUAAAGUUUACUAUUUCGCAUAACGUUGUUGAUGCGUCUGCAUUAACUGCUCGUGCAUUCAAUUUGAAAAAUGUCUGCAACGAUCAUGAAGAAUUGCCUUUAGAGUUUUUCUGUUCAGAUCACGAUUCCUUACUAUGCCGAUCAUGUAUGGCUAAUACAAUCUUACUUGUUCAAAGAUUCUACCACUAGAUGUCGCGGCAAAAGGAAUAAAGUCUUCAAUCAUGUUUGAUGAUAUUUGUAAAGAUAUUUCUGCAUUACGGAAGUCGACAAAGGAGUUAGUAGAAGAUAGAAACAAGAACAAGAAAAAUGUAGGAAGGACCAAGGAUUUAACACUUCAAAAGAUAACACAGUUCAGAAAAGAUAUUAAUAAGCAUCUCGACAAAUUAAAAAAGAAACUAUCAUCUGAUGUUUAUAUAAAAGCGAGAGAACUUGAUGAAAAAGCAUCCAUAGGGCUAUCUGAGGCAGUUACUAGAGAAAAAAAUAUAGAAGACAUAUGGGAACGAGUCAAUUUUCUUUCAAAACAUGGUUCCGAAAGUCAAUUGCUUACCCUGCUGAAUGAAGUAAGACCGGAAAUUACCAAAAAAUUAAUAAAUUUUCAGGAGACGAUUAUAUCUCUAGAAAUGAAUGGCUUGGAUUUUGAACAGGUAGAUUUGAUAUCUUCCAUAACUUCCAUGGGAUUAGUGAAGCCGACUUGUUCCCCAUGUUCAGUGUCAUAUAAGCCUCCUAAACAUAUGCAAUCCAAGAUACAACAAACACAAGUGAAGGUACCGAUAGGGUUCGAGUUUGAAAAGAAAGAUACCAUAACCUUGAGUAGAGUUUCAUGUAUAGCUGUAACUGACGACAAUCGAUUACUUCUUUGUAAUGACAUGGUCAGUCCCUUUAAAAAUAAUAUUACAGCAUGCACGGAGGAAUGUGAACAGGUUCAAGCGUGCACCAUUUUCAAAAGGGUAUAUGGUAUAGCUAUAAUACCACACACAGAAGAAGCAGUUAUCAGUUUGGCUGAUGUCAAGAUUAUUCAAUUCGUCAAUAUAGUAAGCCUGGUCCCUGGUAGACAAAUUAGAAUUGUUAUUGAGGACAAUUCUAUUUAUGGUAUUGCAGUUGUUCGUGAUUCCAUUAUUGUCGGUGGUAGCUGUGGUAAUGUGCAUUUCAUUGAGAAAAUGAAAGGGAAAUGUCUAAAAACUAUUAAAAUCGGUCCAGGUGCUAUACGUUCCAUCGUGCCAUUUAUUAGUGCUAAAGAUGACGUUAUAUACUGCUGUGAACAUAGCGGUAACAAGAAAGUUCAUAGAUUGGAACUGGAUGGAAGUUUAAUUUCAAAUUGUGAGCUAGAAAAUCCAAUAGAAAUGACAUUAGAUUCAAAAAGUAAUGUUUACGUCGAAUCUUACGACUUUGGUGAACUAUACAAUCCAUUGGGUAUUACACUAGACUCAAAAGGAAAUAUUUACGUCACGUGUUACGAGUCUCAUUGCCUACAUCGACUGUCAUCAGACUGUAAAAUCGAUGAUAUUAUGUUGAAGAAAGCGGAUGGAAUUGACCGACCAAUGAGUGUUGCUUUCAACAAGACAUUUAGUAAGCUGUACAUUUCUAACUCUGGUUCUGAUAGAAGUGUUUUGAUUUUCGAUUGCAAAUGAACAAUAAAAAAAUGACAGAUUUUAAAUAUGAAAUUAUAUUUAGCAUAACUAUUAGUUUUUUUAAGCAUGAAAAUAAUGAAAGUCGCAAAAGAUUGAAAGCAGACUACAAAUCAUGAAAUCCAACAAAUAACUCCAUUCAGUUUUCAAGCUUAAAUUUAUCAUGCAGGCGGUUUAUACAUA